AUGUCUCUUGAUCCAUCUAAGCUUUUGGAUCCUCCAAUGCCAUCCUAUGCUUUUACUAUUUACCAUCGCGAUGUAUUUGAAAAGUCAAAGUUUAAGAACUAUGACUCGUUACUUAAAAAUAGGCUUGCUCGAUGUGAGGAUAGAGCAAAUUAUAUCGCUUCAAUUCUUGAUGACAACAACAAUGUCGAAGAAGGUGCAAAUUAUAGAAUCCGCGAAAAGGUUCCAAAAUCAACAAGUAUUUAUUUUGCACAUGGUGAGUAUGUUGCGUCUUUUUUGCUAGGCAGUAACGAAAUCAAGACUUUAUUGCAAAUAGACACAGGUAGUGAUUUAGUCUGGUGGCAAUGUGGACCAUGUGAGGCAAAUAAGUGUUACAAGCAAGUUGAUCCUUUAUAUUUCCCUACAAAUUCGAAAACAUAUCGAAAAAUCGAUUACCAUCUGCCCAUUAGGGUUACAUUUGGAUGUGGUAAAGAUCAAAUGGGUCGAGCCAAUUUUAGUGGUUACUAUUCUGGGAUAGUUGGUCUUGGACGAAGAGUAAAUGUUGGUUCAUAUUCAUUACCAUCACAAUUCCAGUCGGAUUUAAUGUCCAUAUGUCUACCCGGAUUUUAUUCGGAAAUUCCGGUCCACCCAUCAUGGUGGACUUUUACAAAAGGUGGUGGUGGUGGAGUCCUUGUGGAUACAGGAACAACUAUUACUCGAUUUCCUAAGGAUUUGUAUACCGUAUUUCGUUAUACAUUCUUAAGUGAAAUAAAAGAUAUACCUCUGGUUAAAGGUCCGUCGAAGAUUCUAGACACAUGUUUUAAAGAGGAUCCAAGUGGACGAGAGUUGUACUUUCCCGUUGUGAAGUUGUACUUUGGCGGCGUAAACCCUAAUAACAUGUUGUUAUUGGCAAAAGAUAGAGUUAUGGUACACUUACAAGGACAUUAUUGUUUGGGUUUCAUGGGGUGGAAUAGAUCUCAUUCAAUAAUAGGAAGUAAUCAACUUCAAGGUAUAGGAUUAACUUUUGAUACAUCAGAAAAUACUUUGUCAUUUGAUUUAGAUGCAUGUAGUUGA